AUGAAUAAAUCAAGGCAGCCCCGGCAGCUUCACACCCGCUGGAGUUGGAGGUCCAGGAUGCAGAGGCCUUGGAGUCACACUGAUCCUUUCCGGGAGUAGGAUGUUGUGGAGAGCUUCAAAUGGAGACCAGGCAUGCCCUUUGGAGCUGCCACAUCCUAUGUACAUCUAGAGAAGCUGUGUGAAGGAUCCUGUGCAACUGUGUACAAAGGGAUCAGCAGGAACAACAGCCAGUUGGUAGUGCUGAAAGUGAUCCGGCUGGAGGCAGAGGAGGGAGUGCCCUUUACAGCUAUUUGGGAAACUUCCCUUCUCAAGCAUUUGAAACAUGCCAAUGUUGUACUGCUUCGUGACAUUAUCCAGAUCAAGGAGACACUAACAUUUGUCUUUGAGUACAAGCGCACAGACCUAGCACGGUACAUGGGCCAGCAUCCUGGAGGACUUCAUUCGUGCAAUGUUAUGCUUUUCAUGUUCCAGCUUUUGCGUGGACUGGCUUACAUCCACCAACAACACAUUCUUCACUGUGAUCUGAAACCCCAGAACUUGCUCAUCAGUUGCCUUGGUGAGCUCAAAUUAUCAGACUUUGGCCUUGCUCGUGCUAAGUCCAUCCCUACACAGACAUACUCCUCUGAAGUGGCAGCACUCUGGUACCGUCCUCCUGAGUUACUUGGAUCUACAGAUUCUGAUCUAGAUAUCUGGAGUGCAGGCUGUGUAUUUGUUGAAAUGAUCCAGGGCCAGCCAGUAUUUGCAGGAACUUCUGGUACUCAUGAACAGCUGCUGAAAAUCUGGAAGGUAUUGGGGGUCCUGACUGAGGACUCCUGGCAAGGACUUUCCAAGGUUCCCAACUAUAAGCCAGAAGUGGCUGCUUCCAGGACACCUCAGAGGCUCCAAGUCAUCUGUGACAGGCUGAGCAAAGUGCCAGCAGUGGAGGAUUUGACCUCCAGGAUGCUUAAAGCCUUCCCCCAAGGCCGGAUCUCUGCACAAGAUGCACUUGUUCAUGGUUUCUUCAGCUCUCUGCCUCCUCAGCAAUAUGAGGUUCCUGCUGUUCCAGGAGUGAGACUGCAACCUGAAAUCUGUGACCUUUUUGUUUCUUACCAAAAAGGCCAUCUCAAGUUCAAGCAAGUUUUGGUGGAAAGCAGAGAUGAUUAACUAACUCUUUGAAAGCAAUGUCACAAAGAUUGACUUGGCAACGAAGAUGUAACAGCACAGUCUGGACACUAGACUUGCAGAAUAAACUCAAUGAUGUGACACUUAAUAGAGAGAUCCCUGGUCCAGAAGAUUGGUGUACAAACAGGACAGAUGGGGACUGACAAUUGAAAGAAUGUAGAGGCUGAUCCAAGGCUUACAGAGACCUGUCAUUCCUGGGGUUUGCCUACAAUCUCCUUCAACAAAAGAGCUCCUGAGGGAAGGAGGGGAUUAGUCAAAAGUUGAGUGAAGUCUCCAGGGAAGACGGUUUCUUGGAUAAAGUUGUCAACAAAGGAAUUGUUGAGGACUAUUUGUUAUAAUUUCCUAGAGGGAGCUUCUGCCAUUACUAACAGGAUUACCAGCAUACUGGUUCCACACCAGCAGAGCAUUAGGCGUGUGCAUUGCAGACUGGUUGCUUAGAGCUGAAUUCAGGGGUCUUCUUAUACUGGGUCCCAAAUGUGUGCAGGUGUUGAUGAACAGAGGGGAGAUGGCAAAGAACUAAGAUGCAGCCAAACACAGGCCAUUUUUUGUCCAACUGUUGCAGAAAGUCCUGGCUCAUUAAUGAGUUACUGGCGUGAUUUCCUCUCCUUGAUGUUAGGUCUGCUGAAGGAUUAUGAGAAGGAAAGCUAAUCUGAGGUGAGUGCUGAUCAGGAUACAUGGGGAAAUCAGAGGGCUCUUCCCCAACUACAGUUACUGUGAAAUUUCUUACAGCAUUCUUCCUGGAGGAAUUAGGAAAGCAGGCAAUUUACUGUGUUCAAGUGCUAGUCGGCUUGGUUUCAGAUAUCUGGGAUACUUUUUCUGGGCUCUGGGACAUCAAGACAGAAGCCUUGGUGUAACCUCACAGCAGAUCUGUGAAGAAGAAGAAGGCAAAGAUAAAUCAUUAAGGUGCAGGGAUGCAAACUUUCUUGAAUACUUCUUAUUCAUCUGAGUAGUGUCACUGGCAUGACUGGGAGAACUUCUCUGAGCAAGAAUUAUGCAGAUCAUUGAGGCACUGGAACAAAUCAGUCAUGGAGCUAUGGGGAAACAUCAGAUAAAUAGGUGGCAGCCAUAGAAAGAGCUGGAAGGUGUCAUUUCAGUGUAAGGGAGCUACACUUCCAGACCCACCCAAGUCCAUUUCUGGCUAACCAAACACUACAGAUCUGGGCACACUUUUGUGUUCUCCUUUGCCCUUGCAAUAGACAUAAUUUCAGGAACAUAUAGAUUAGAUACAUAAAAGAGCACAUGGAUUAUCUGCAGGCACUGCUCAGUGAAGAGAACAGGAGGUAUUCCUUGUGUUAUGUGACAGUCCUCAAAGUUCUCUGCCUUGAUAAGAAGGAGAGCUAUGUCCCCAAGUCUUUCCACAUCUGGAUUGUGUGGACCCAGAUCUCCCAAACAUCAGCCACUGUCAAAGUGAGUGUGAAUGCCUGACCUCCCUUUGCAGUACUGAACAGAAAUCUGUCUCAGUAUUAGGACCUUCUGCCUCUAAUUUGCUCUGCAAUGAAUCUGAAGUAAUAUUACAGUGACCUCACAGCAGUUUAAGCAAGAUCAGGCCGGAAUAUCCUAUAGAGUUCUACUUAGGCAUGUGUCUCUUUGUCAGCAUCCCAUGUGCAGGUUUAUUUGUGGAGAGAAGGGCAUUUGGAACCUUUUUAAAAGGAAACCAAGAAUUCUUAAGCAUACUGGCACUGGCUGUUGCAUUGCAAAAGAUUCUAAGAACUGGUACAAUAAAGAAGCUUUUCUAAAGUGGCUGCCUGGCUACAUAGGUAGAAGAUAGCUCUCCACUUCUGAGUUAUGGUGCAUUGUCAUAUGCGUGUUCAGAAAGGCUGUAAGUGAUGCCCAAGUUGAGACAAGGUAUUCUGCAUUCCUUUAGCACUCUUGGAGAUGGCUGGGCUAAGAGCAGUGAAGAAGCAGGAUCUUUAAUGCCUGCCAAGGGCUGGAUGUCUGCUCCUAAUUGGGAGCCACUAAAUGCUUGAGGUAUGUUACAUUAAAGGAUUAGUUAUGCAUAGACAGUAAGGGAUCUAAUGACGAGAUCUGAAUCACUUUCCCCAUGGUGUCAAUCCAGACCACCAGUUAUAGAUGUCUUCUGUCCUGGAGCAGAAGAGAGAAUGGCUUUGCUCUUUUACAUAGCUGCUACCCCAUAUUCCAAAAUUCUUACACUAAACUGCCAAAGAGUCAAAUGAUAUAUUCUAGCUCUGUUACAUGGAGGGGCAGAAAGCCAGAAAGACCCUGGCAAAAGGAUGCCCUGCAACCCAACACUCUUCUGUUCAUUAAACCAACACUCGAGGCCCAAUGCCUUAAAUAUGCCAGAUCAGAGAGAGAAAUUGCCCUAGAACCACUACUCCCCCAGAGUAACAGGAGCACUAUUCACAUCAAGAGUACUUAGUACAUUUUCCAUCCCCUGGCCUGCACAAUCUCAAGGGCAACAAAUGAACAUAGUGUUGUAAUGAGUGAAGAAGAUUAGGUAAAAAGAAACAUCUGAAUUCAUGUACCAAGUCUGUGCCACCCAAAAAGGUGGUCCUGCUUCCCUCAUUUCCCUCUGUGCUUCAAGCUUCACAGUCUUUCCCUCUUGCUCUCUGGCACUUUUCUAAGCCCUUGAUGAACUGAUCUAACUCACUAAACAGGUAGAAAGCUGUUAAUUCUUUUGCUGAGUUAGUUUUUCAUUGCUUUACUGAGCUGAAUCAGGUUAUGAAGGGGUCAGAGAAGUAUCAGACUUCAUGCAUGGCUGAGCGUAGAGUGGGAAAGGAGGAGCAGGAAAAAGCCAUGAUGAUCAGGCUCCUUUAUCUCCAGCCUGCUCACAUCUAGUUCAUGUGGGUGGUCAUCCCCUGUCACAUCUGGAUGUUUGAUGUUCUGUUUUGAGGUAAUAACUGAACGGGUUCUAGCAAGUAAGUGCUCAGUACUGCUGUUGUGUAUGUGGGCCCAUUGCAAAUCGAGGUGUUUGCUGUUGAAGACCUCACAAAAAAUCCCAGACAUUGGCAAAGAGGUGCAGGACUGACCUUUCCUUUUUUCCAUAAAACUUUCUCUUGGCAGAGGCAGUAUGCGCUGGUAAAAUAGGUGAGAGUCUAUGAAGUGCAUGUAAAUGGAGAUCAUUGUGCUCCAGGGUCAUCAAACUGUUUCUUCUCACCACCUAAUAAAAAAUUACAAACAAA